AUGAAGAUUAUAGAACUGGUUAUCGAUGGGUUCAAGUCCUACAGCCAGAGGACCGUCAUAUCCGGCUGGGACCAGAGUUUCAACGCGGUUACUGGUCUCAAUGGAUCCGGGAAGUCCAACAUCCUCGAUUCGAUAUGCUUUGUUCUGGGCAUCACGAACAUGUCCACAGUGCGAGCACAAAACCUGCAAGAUCUGAUAUACAAACGUGGUCAAGCCGGCGUAACCAAAGCAAGCGUGACGAUAGUUUUCGACAACAGCGACAAAAGCACGAGCCCGAUAGGAUUUGAAGAGUAUGAUCAGAUCAGCAUCACGCGACAGAUCGUCAUGGGUGGGACAAGCAAAUACCUCAUUAACGGCCACCGAGCGCAACAAACGACAGUUCAGAAUUUGUUCCAGAGCGUUGGCCUAAACAUCAACAACCCCAACUUCAUCAUCAUGCAAGGCCGGAUCACUAAAGUGCUCAACAUGAAGCCUGCCGAAAUUCUGGCCAUGAUCGAAGAAGCCGCCGGAACGCGCAUGUUUGAGGAUAGAAAAGAAAAGGCGACCAAAACCAUGGCCAAGAAAGAAACGAAAGUGGUGGAAAUCGAAGGCCUGCUGAGAGAGGAAAUCGAGCCUAAGCUGGACAAACUACGUGGCGAGAAGAGAGCGUGGCUUGACUACCAAAAGACCCAAAGUGAGCUGGAGCGACUGACGAGGGUCGUGGUAGCAGCGGACUACGUUCGAGCAGGAGAGAAGAUGCGAACGUCCUCAGAAGAGCACGAGGCCAAACGUGCCAAAGUCCAGCAUUUGGAGGACAACGCUGUCAAGCUGAAACGCGAGAUAGAAAAUCUAAGCGAAGACGCCCAGAGAGUCCGCGCGGUUCGAGAGAAGGAACUGCGCAAAGGUGGGCGACAUCAAGGAAUCGAGGCGCAAGUUAAAGAGCUCAGCCACGAGCUUGUGCGACUGGCUACCGUACUCGACCUGAAGCAAUCCAGUGUUGCGGAAGAAGAGCAGAGGAAGAAGGAGAUCGCCAAAACCGUCAAAGGACUCGAAAAACAAGUCAGUGACAAAAAGGCUAGCCUUGAGAAGCUGCAGUCACGCUGGGACAGUGCGAAAUCGGAGCUUGACGCCCAGACAGCGGAAGUGGAGAAGAAAGAAGAACUGCUGUCGACGCUGCAGACAGGUGUGGCCUCACGAGAAGGGCAAGAGAGUGGUUACCAGGGACAGCUACAGGAGGCGCGUGCCCAGCUCACCACGGCCGGCACCGAACAAGAACAAGCCAAGCUGAAAAUAUCGCAUUUGGAACAACGCAUCAAAGAAGAUGCACCACGCGCCAAAAAGGCUCGCGAACAGAACGCCGACCUCUUGCAAGGUCUCGAACAGCUUCGAAAGCAAGCACAGAAACUGGAGGACAAUUUACAGAAACUCGGGUUCGAGCCGGGCCGUGAAGAGAGGAUGCGGGAGCAGGAAGUAGCCCUUCAGAAGAAUAUUCGAGUUUUGACGAAGGAGGCCGAUGAACUCAAGCGGAAAGUGGCCAACGUUGAUUUUCACUUCAGUGACCCUUCGCCCAGCUUCGACCGGUCGAAAGUCAAAGGACUGGUUGCUCAACUCUUCACGCUUGACAAGGACAAAUCUAUUGCAGGUACGGCUCUGGAGAUAUGUGCUGGAGGCCGACUAUACAACGUUGUCGUGGAUACGGCCGAGACCGGUACUCAGUUGCUACAGAAUGGCAAACUGAAGAAGAGGGUGACAAUCAUUCCUUUGAACAAGAUCUCGGCCUUCAAAGCAUCGGCGGAAAAGGUUGGAGCAGCCCAACGAAUAGCGCCUGGAAAGGUCGAUCUUGCACUAUCACUCAUUGGGUACGAUCACGAAGUCUCUGCGGCAAUGGACUAUGUUUUUGGAACCACGUUGAUCUGUGACGAUGCAGAGACAGCGAAAAGAGUGACCUUCGAUCCGGCUGUGCGGCUGAAGAGUGUGACUCUCGAAGGAGAUGUAUACGAUCCAUCGGGCACGCUGUCGGGGGGCAGUUCUCCCAACUCAAGUGGCGUUCUUAUCAUCCUCCAGAAACUCAACGGAGUAACAAGAGAACUCCAGAAAAACCAAACCGACCUUCAAGAGCUACAACAGACGAUGAAGAAGGAGCAGAACAAACUUGCCAACAUCAAGGCCGUGAAACAGGAGCUAGAUCUCAAAACGCACGAGAUCAAACUCUCCGAAGAACAAAUCUCUGGAAAUUCAUCGUCAUCCAUCAUCCAGGCGAUUGAAGAAAUGAAGGCAUCGAUUGUGCAACUGAAGCAAGAUAUGUCAGAUGCAAAGACCAGACAAGCAGAGGCCGCCAAAGACGUCAAGCGGAUCGAGAAGGACAUGGAAGACUUCAGCAAGAAUAAGGACAGCAAGCUCAAGGAGCUGGAGAAGUCUUUGGCCGAGCUGAAAAAAUCUCUGAGCAAGACCUCGGCGGCCAUCAAAUCCCUUCAGAAGGAAUUGCAAGAUGCGCGGAUCGAUUGUGAACAGGCGGAAGGUGAUCUCAGCACCGCUCAAGAACAACUCGCGGAAACCGGCAAUGGCAUCGAAAGUCAAAAAGAGGAACUGCAGACGCUUCGACAGGAGGAAGCUUCGGUCAAGAGCAAACACGACAUUGCUCAGGCCGAGUUGGCGGACGAGCAAGCCAAGCUGACGGGCUUCGAUGACGAGCUCCGCGAACUGGAACAAGCCAAGUCGAAGAAAUCCAAACAAGUGGCCGAAGAGGCACUGGAGGUGCAAAAACUCGGGCACGCCGUGGAGAAAGCGCAGAAGGACGCGCAAGCCGCGGCACAGAUGGUGGCCGCUUUGGAAAAGGAACACGACUGGAUCGAAGACAACAAGGACCAAUUCGGCCGUCCCGGCACGCCGUACGACUUCCAAGGCAAGAAUUUGGCGGAGAGCCGGGCGACGCUGAAGAAUGUGACGGAGAGAUUCCAAGGCAUGAAGAAGAAGAUCAACCCCAAGGUGAUGCCCAUGAUCGAUAGUGUCGAGAAGAAAGAGGCCAGCCUGAAGAACAUGCUGCGGACGGUGGUGCGAGACAAGAAGAAGAUCGAGGAGACCAUCAGCACGCUGGACGAGUAUAAGAAGGAGGCCCUGCUCAAAACAUGGCGCAAGGUCACCGAAGACUUUGGCAAUAUCUUCUCCGACCUCUUGCCUGGCAACAACACGGCCAAGCUGGUGCCGUUGGACGACAAUCUCGACCGGAUCCAAGAGGGAUUGGAGGUCAAAGUGUGUUUGGGGAAAGUGUGGAAACAGAGUCUCACCGAGCUUUCGGGUGGUCAAAGAUCGCUGAUCGCGUUAUCCCUCAUUCUCGCUCUGCUGCAAUUCAAGCCUGCCCCCAUGUAUAUCCUGGACGAGGUGGAUGCGGCCUUGGAUCUUUCUCAUACGCAAAACAUUGGCCGGAUCAUCAAGGCUCGGUUCCAGGGGUCACAGUUCAUCGUCGUCAGUCUCAAGGACGGUAUGUUCCAGAAUGCCAACCGGGUGUUCAGGACCAGGUUUAGUGAAGGCACGAGUAUGGUUUCGGUCAUGACUCCGGGAGAGCUGAAGGGGUGA